GUCAAUUUGAUAGGCUGCUUUACAGCGAAGAAUUGACGUUAAACUUAGAGUCAGCCUGAGAUGCACAGUGGUGAAGUGGGGUGUAGUUCGGAUACGGAAGAAUUAUAUGGUACUUUGAAAAGUGCCCAAAACCGAAAACAACGACAAGCCGGAGGAUGGCAAGCCAUUGGUUUGGAUCAUACGCUUUUCAAAGGAAUUCAGAAAAAAGGAUUUCGCCAACCUACACCAAUUCAACGCAAAGCGAUACCAUUAAUUAUUGAUGGAAAAGAUAUCGUUGCCAUGUCAAGGACAGGAAGUGGAAAAACAGCAGCUUUCGUCAUUCCAAUCUUGCAAAAAUUAAAAGUCCGAGAUAUGAAAGGUAUUCGCGCCUUGAUCAUUGAACCGACACGGGAACUGGCAAUACAAACGUUCAUUGUAGUUAAGGAGCUGGGAAGGUUUACUGGUCUACGCUGUGCAGUUUUGGUCGGUGGUGACCGUAUCGAGGAGCAAUUUCAAGCUGUCCAUGAGAAGCCGGAUAUCGUGGUUGCAACACCUGGACGUCUGCUGCAUGUUAUUGUUGAAAUGGACUUUCGUCUAUCCGCAGUGCAAAUAAUUGUAUUUGAUGAAGCGGAUCGCUUAUUUGAAAUGGGCUUCGCUGAACAACUUCACGAAGUGUUGAAGCGAAUACCGGAAAAUCGGCAGACUUUGCUUUUCUCAGCCACUCUUCCAAACAGUAUCAUUGCUUUUUCGAAAGCAGGUCUUUCAGAUCCAGUUCUAGUUCGACUUGAUCUUGCUGAAAAAAUAAGUGAUAAACUGUCGAUGGUAUUCCUGUACUGUCGUUCGGAUGAUAAAUUAGCGGCAUUUAUACAUCUUGCCCGUGAAGUCGUAGCAGGAAAUGAACAAACCGUUGUUUUUUGUGCUACAAUGAAACAUGUUGAAUAUCUAGCAGCAGUUGCAGAAAAAGCUGGAAUCGAUUGCGUGGUAUUGUACAGCCAACUGGAUUGUGUGGCCAGGAAUAUAAACAUUCAGAAAUUUCGCAAGAAGGAAUGUUCCUUACUAAUUGUGACAGACAUUGCGGCUAGAGGAGUGGAUAUUCCGCUUCUGGAUGUUGCUAUAAAUUAUCAUUUUCCUCCGAAACCGAAGCUUUUUGUUCAUCGUGUUGGUAGAGUUGCUCGUGCGGGUCGUUUUGGAAAAGCCAUUAGCUUAUUCGGUGCAGACGAAGUGCCAUAUGUUGUCGAUCUCUUCUUGUUUCUGAGUCGUCCACUAAAAUUCGCAACGACUGAUUCAGCUAACAAAGAUGAGACGUUGAUUGGGAUAUUUCCAGAUGAUAUCAUUGAUAGGGAGGUUGAUUUUCUGAAGAAUGUGCAUGACAAUUCGGAUGAAUUGGACGAUCUUUUAAAAAAAUCAGAAAAUGCCAUGCAAAAAUACAAAAAAACUCGUCCACAACCAUCAGCGGAAUCAGUUCGUCGAGCAAAAGGUGAAAUCAAGGCGACAUUAUUCAAGGCUGCGGUUCAUCCAUUUCUGCAGCAGGAAUCACCGGAGGAAAUUGUCAGGCAAUCCCUGCUUCGACAUUUGCACAAUUUUAAAUCAACGACAACUAUCUUUGAAAUUCAAAGUGGCAGUAAAACGUUAUCAGCAGCUGUUAUGAAGGAAAAACGUAAAGCUCAUCAGAAUUAUAUUCACUCUAAAACUGAUUCGGAUAAGUGCUCAGACCUCGACCAGCCAGAAAUAACUAAUUCUACAUAUGAACCAAGUGAGGAUGUUUUGAAAAAUACAUUUCAAACGGUGAUAAAAAGUACAAAAUUUUCGGCGGUAAAUGCUUUGAUACAAAAACCAUACAAGGAAAGAAAGCGAAAGGCUGAUGAGCUGUUAGAAGAGAAGAGAAAGCAUUUCAUUGCUUAUGCACCUGCGGAAGCAAAUGCAGAACGUGGCUUGGCAGUGGAUCGUGAUUUUAAUACCUUAGCCAAAGCAAGCACUAUAGAAAUUCUUGCUGACGAUGAAGUUGGUUUGUAUAAACAGGAAAAACGCAAAAAAUGGGACAGGAAGCUGAAGAAGUUUGUUGGUGAUAAUGGCGACGAUUCAAAGAAGAAAAUACGUACAGAAGAUGGAACUUAUUUGCCGGCGACAUACAAAAGUGGUCGUUAUGAGAGAUGGCAGAAGAAACAAAAGUUGGAAUACCAGAAUAAUGAUGAUGAAGAGACGAUUGACGCAAGGAUAAAGCAACACGAUUUCAGGAGGCGUAGCGGCAACCGGAAAAGAAAGGGGCGAAAUAAAACGGGAAGUAAAGAACUAAAAGCGCCACGUUCUGAACUGAAAACUUCUGAACAAAUCCUAAAACAGAGGAAUAAAAAAGCAAGAAUUCAGUCAUAUCAAGCCUACAGAAGACAGCAAAAUUUGAAGAGGAAAGGCUGGACUGGGAAAGGAAGGAAUUGAUGGUCUUAUUGAAUAUCUCGAUAUAAUCAGUAUUGUGAUUUUUGCAGUCAUCAUCUCUUUAUUUUUUGUUAAC